AUGGCACCGAGUAAGAUAAAGAGCUUUUUCCAGAGAAAGAAAGCCGAAGCAAAGAUUAAGCUCGGCGUUGCCGGUCCCGGAAGGAAGCUCAAUUCGGAAGCACCUCCACCCUCAUCGAAGGCCAGCUCGUCAAAGCAGAAGGACGUGUAUAUUCCACCGAAACGGAACGAACUGUCGGCCGAAGCGAAAGCUGCUGCAAAUGCCGCACUGGCACGCUUUGAAGGGAAGGACAAGAAGGAGUUCAACACUUCCCUAGCAGCUAUCCGUGCACAGGUUCGCAAAGAGCUGGAAGCGGAAAGGAAAGCCAAAGAAGCGGGACAUACAUCGGAGCAGGAACCGCCCGAACCGGAUACUGCUGAUCAGGAGGCACGCAGUGAUUAUGCGGUGCGAGGUGUAUUUUUCCGCUGUCCAAUGAUAGGGGAUGAACUCUUACCGUACAAGGAAUGGAAAGGCAAAAUUAAAGAAUUUCUCUACGAACAGCUGGCAGCCGAUAGGGGUCUAACGGCCUGUCUGAUCAUCUACAACUGCAACCCCAAAGAUAAGGCCGAGGUGUGCAUCGAAACGCUAACCAAAUGUAUCGAAAACAUAGUAAACAACCCGAAUGAGGAGAAAUACAAGAAGCUACGCAUGAGCAACCGAAUGUUUUGCGACAAGAUUAAGGUGUGCGAAGGUUCGCUGGAUUUUCUCCGUGCGGCCGGAUUUGCCGAGAUCGAGCUGGACAAUGAACCGCACCUGAUCUGGUCGGAGGAUAACAUCGAUCCGGAGUGUUCGCUCGAGGUGUUGCUGGAAGCGCUGAAAGCUACCGAAACGAUUCCGGUGGUGUUGGACCGCAAUCUGCAAGUGUUGCUACCGUCGCAGGUAAAGCGUAACAAUCUGCCGCCCGAUUUCUUCCGAAUAUCGGCGGAAGAAAUCAAGCGCGAGCAGCAACUGCGCACGGAAGCGAUCGAACAGGCGCAAAUCCUCAAAACGAAAGCGAUGCGCGAGCGGGAAGAAUUGCGCACGAUAAAUCGUUACAAGUUUUCGCUCAUCCGUGUGCGGUUCCCGAACGGUGUGUAUUUGCAGGGUACGUUCAACGUGUACGAAAAGUUUGGCCAGGUGUUGGAAUUCGUCCAGUCGUGUUUGAUGCACGAAUCGGCUGAGUUUGCCCUAUUUUUGCCCGGUGGACAGAAAUUCGACGAGCGAGAAGAUAUGGAAAAGUCGCUGUAUGAUUUGCGACUCGUUCCAACGAUCGUGUUUAAUUUUACGUACGAAAACGAAUCCAAAAAUCUGACCGACUUUCUAAAGGAAGAGCUGAUGCUGCUGAUUCAAUCAGUUUAA